AUGGUCAAUGUGGACGAUGCGAUGUACCUUGAGGGAUUCGCGGGUCAGUGCGUGGAGCUGACUCAAGUGUCAAAGUUCACCCCAGGGUCAAUCCACCUGCUGACUUCCUUUGCGACGCACCGCGAUACCCUGGUGGAAAUUGCAUGCAAAGAGCGGUUGAGUGACUGCUACUCCGGCAACCAGAAGACCCGACAGAGCGUGGAGCUCAAAUUUGGGGACUUCGUGGACUAUUAUCAAGCGGCAUUCAAUAGGGCAUCACAUUGGUUGCAGACGGUGGACGACCUGGACUUUUAUCUGGCACAGUGCUCCAUUGCAGUGUUGAAGCCCGAUGCAACCUGCAGCAAAGCGAGUCUGCCAAAUAUUAUGGACGAUCUCCGCAUGCCGACGUGUCUUCAGAACAAGCCUGUCACUCAAGUAAAUCUAUGGAUGGCUGUGCAGUCCGGCCGGACAACGCUCCAUUAUGACGCGUACCAUAAUGUCCUGGUAGUUUUGUACGGAAAGAAGACUGUCACGCUGUACCCUCCAUCAGAAACGGAGAAGCUAUAUCCAUUUCCAGUACAUACCAAGUCUAUGAAUCACAGCCAAGUCAGCAUUGUGCAGCCCAACCUCGAGAAGCACUCACGUUUUCCCGAGGCAUCUGCUCAACGAUUCGAAGUCGUGGCAGGAGACGCUCUAGUGAUCCCAGAGGGGUGGUGGCAUCAAGUAGAUUCAGACGAAUUUACAAUUGCGAUCAACUACUGGUGGAAUGGCGUUCGAGAACAACUAGUAGCAGAUAAGCGCAUGGUGCCUUACUAUGCUCGCGUUAUGCUGGAGGAGCUGGUCAAGCAGCAAUGCGAGUCGCGUCUACUAGCCUUGCGGUGCUCGUCAGGAGCAAACACUGCCCACAACUUUGUCGACGAAAGCAGUGCGGUGGCAGCUUUUCUUGCGGCAAAUGACCAAGCAGGUCGUGAACGGGUGUUGCUGUCAUUGAGCAGCAAAGUCUUCGUGAAGACUCAACAGCUUCUCGCAACCGAUCACGCGGAAGACUGGCGCAGUUUGCUAUCGAAUGCAAGUGUCGAGUUUGUGGCCGUCUUGACGGAGUGCUGGGAGAACGAUGAUCUGGAGCCUAGUUUCCUUGGAGUAUUGUUUAGCGCUCUUGGAGACGUGGAAGAGACGAUCAAGGAGCAGCUUGUGGCCAAGCAAGCGCAGUUCCGCCAAGACUGCGCUACGCAAAUGUAUCGGUCGCUGUUCGGCUAG